UCUUGAACGUAAUAUACACAGGUUUUUUAGAUAUUAAUUCUGCUGAUAAUACAAACAUUUCACUUUAGUUCAAAUAAAAUUAGAGUUUAUUUAAGAAAAUUAACAAAAUGGCUGACAUCUCGACGGAACAAUUGACUACCGAAAUACAUGCAAUAUUGAAGAAGGCCGACUUGUCGACUAUGUCCGCCAAGAAAGUCAGGGAACAGGUCGAAAAGAAACUGGACUGUUCGUUGGCAAAUCGCAAAAAGGAAUUCGACAAGAUUGUCAUGGACUUUAUAAAUUCACAGCAAGAGGAGGAGGACGAAUCCGAAGAAGAGGAGGAGGAUGAGAAAGAAGAGAGUGCAUCAGAAGAAGAAGCUAGCAGUGAAGAGGAAAAGAAAAAGCCGGCUAAGAAGCGCCCACAACCGACACAGCGUAAAGCACCACCGAAGAAGAAGCGCAAAUCGCUGACUGCUUCCGAUUCGGGCACCGAGUCGGAUGGUGGUGAUGAUUCCGAUUUUGAGGUGACCAAGAAGAGCAAGAAGAAGAAUGCAGCUGGUCCCAAAAAGAAGGCCGGUGGUGGUGGUGGCUCUGGGCGCAAAUCUACGGGUUUCACACGCGCCUACAAUUUAUCUCCCGAAUUAUCCUCACUCAUGGGCGCCGAAUCCUUGCCACGUCAUGAAGUCGUCAAGAAGGUGUGGGCCCUAAUCAAGGAACGCAAUCUGUACGAUCCCAAGAACAAGCAAUAUGCGAUAUGUGAUGACGAACUAUUUAAAGUGAUGAAGGUAAAGCGUUUCCGUACUUUCGGAAUGUUAAAACAUUUAAAGCCACAUUUCUUAGAGUAGAUAUUGUG